ACAAACUACAGGCCCAGUUCAUCCUCGCGUCUGCAGAAAAAGAGGAAUCCCGCCCACUAUACGGAUGCCGCAUUAAAAUUGGCCGCGCUUGCGCGUUGACGUUCCUUUUUUUUCUUGGAAUGCCCCCUGUUUAGAUCCCCAUCAUGGCAGAUCCAGAUCUUGAUUUCACCAGCGGAGAUGCCGGGGCUUCGACCACUUACCCCAUGCAGUGCAGCGCCCUGCGCAAGAACGGGUUCGUGGUUCUGAAGGGUCGCCCCUGCAAGAUUGUGGAAAUGUCCACUUCCAAGACUGGCAAGCAUGGUCAUGCAAAGGUUCACAUGGUUGGAAUUGACAUUUUCACAAAUAAAAAGUAUGAAGAUAUCUGCCCCUCCACCCACAACAUGGACGUGCCUAACAUCAAAAGAAAUGACUACCAGCUGGUUGAUAUCAGCGAGGGAUUCCUUUCUCUUAUGAUGGACAACGGAGACGUGCGUGAAGACCUGCGUGUACCAGAAGGUGACCUGGGCAAAGAAAUCGAAAGCAAAUUUGCAGCUAGUGAAGAGAUGUUGGUUACUGUGCUUUCAGCUAUGGGCGAAGAAUCUGCAGUGGCUGUCAAACCCAUGACCAAAUAGGAAGAAAGACUGGGCUGCUCAGGCUGCAACAUGCUACACUUUAACAAAUCUCUUGCAUUUGUUUUUUUGGUUUUAUUUGGCACCAAAGCUAUGGCCUUCACAAGCAACCUCAACAUUUUUUUGUUGUGAUUUGUGUUCCUUUUUUCUCCUUCCAAUACUGUGCUGGACUUGUCGGGUCAGUCAGCAUUCUCUUGGGUAAGAGGUUUAAUACUGUCAGUGUUUACCCCCUCAAGUUUUUACAAAUUACAUUCCUGAAUGUUAAAUAAUGGGAUCCAUUUUUGUAUUCUUGAAUUUCUUCAUCGUAAUUAGUGUGCAGGAUUUAGGCAAGGUGUUGCGAAGAGAGGAAACCCCAACUGACACUGAACUUUUUUUUUUUUUCUCCCUCUCUGGGUGCCAUACUUUUACUUUUCUCCUUACAUGAUCUAUGCCAUGCUGGCACUAUAGUUAAUUUCUCUCAAUUGAAGGCCCCCCCUCCUGCCCCACAGUGAGAUGCACACUGGUAGUUGGCACUUCCUUGUACUUGCAGUACUUUUAAAAGUACCUUCUCAAGUAAAAGCGCUAUGACAGAGAAAUAAACUCCAGCGACAUGUCCCCUUAAAUGCCAGUCUCUUAUUGUUCAGAAGUGGAAAGGAUGUGAUGGCCAUGUGCGAAUACCUCUGUAACGCAAUAGCAUAGUCAUUGAUGACCUUAAAUAAAGUGUUGAAGCCUG